GGCGAAAUUGAGGAAGCGUCCAGACCUCAACGCUACGAUACGUGGCUGGCACCUUGAUAUUUACCGACUGCCUUGCCCACUGCGAUUAUCGAGUCGCAGCGUCUUCACACCUUCUCCUGGGACACUUUUUCCACAGUCCCGGCGCCAGACGAACCUCCUCCAUCGACGAUCCAUUACCGUUCGCUGCCCCUUUCCACAAGUCGACUCGGUUGUUCUCCUCGUCAACCACCCCGCCAAAGCUACCCGAGCUCGACAACCGCAUCCUAAAAUCCACGUUUGGUGUCGCCCAAAAUGAGGCUCGAUGUGAAGCGUCAGCUCUUUGCUCGCUCCGAGCGAGUCAAGGGCAUCGACUUCCACCCGACAGAGCCGUGGAUCCUCACAACUCUCUACAGCGGCCACGUCUACAUUUGGUCAUACGAAACGCAGCAAGUUGUCAAGACAUUCGAGCUCACUGAUGUCCCUGUCCGUGCCGGUCGCUUCAUUGCGCGCAAGAACUGGAUUGUCUGCGGGUCGGAUGAUUUCCAAAUCCGGGUCUACAAUUAUAACACCAGCGAGAAGAUCGCUUCGUUCGAGGCCCAUCCCGAUUACAUCCGCGCCAUCGUGGUUCACCCGACACAACCCUUCGUCCUCACCGCUAGCGAUGACAUGACCAUUAAGCUGUGGGAUUGGGAGAAGGGGUGGAAGAAUGUUCGGGUAUUCGAGGGCAACUCGCACUACGUCAUGUCGCUCGCGAUCAACCCCAAGGACACCAACACAUUCGCCUCGGCCUGCUUGGACAGGACUGUGAAGAUCUGGAGCUUGGGAUCUUCGACACCCAACUUCCAAUUGGAAGCGCAUGAAACCAAGGGUGUCAACCAUGUGGACUACUACCCCCACAGCGAUAAGCCCUACCUGCUCACCACCUCAGACGACCGCACAGUAAAGGUGUGGGACUACACAACCAAGAGCUUAAUCGCGACACUAGAAGGCCAUACCAACAACGUCUCCUUCGCGUGCUAUCACCCUGAGCUGCCGAUCAUCAUCUCCGGUUCGGAAGAUGGGACCGUGAGGAUAUGGAACGCCAACACAUAUCGCUUUGAGCAGUCGUUGAACUACGGCCUAGAACGGGCGUGGUGCGUGGCAUACCAGAAGGGCAAGCAGGGCGUUGCGGUGGGCUUCGACGAUGGUUCGGUGGUCAUCAAGCUGGGUCGCGAGGAACCUGCGGUGUCGAUGGACGGCUCCGGAAAGAUCAUUUGGGCCCGGCACAACGAGGUGGUCUCGGCCGUGAUUAAAGGCGGCGAGUCGACCAAGGAUAACGAGCCGAUCAACCUCAGCACAAAGGAGCUGGGUAACGCAGAGGUUUACCCCCAGGGCCUCAUCCACUCCCCGAACGGGCGGUUUGCGGCCAUCUGCGGCGACGGGGAGUACAUCAUCUACACAGCCCUGGCUUGGCGCAACAAGGCCUUCGGCCAGGCGCUCGAUUUCGUCUGGGCGUCCAAGGACAACUCGAACGACUUCGCGAUCCGCGAGUCGGCCACCAGCAUCAAGGUGUUCAAGAACUUCCAGGAAAAGAAGGGGGGCCUCGAUGUUCCAUUUGCGGCCGACGGGCUCACGGGCGGCGUACUGUUGGGUGUCAAGGGGCAAGGGGGUAUCUCCUUCUACGACUGGGCCACAGGGGGCCUCGUACGGCGCAUCGAGGUGGAGCCUAAGCAGGUCUACUGGAGCGAGAGCGGCGAGUUGGUGGCUCUCGCUUGUGAGGACACCACCUACGUCUUGAGGUUCUCGAGGGAUAACUACAACGAGGCGCUCCAGGCUGAUCAAAUUGAGGACGACGGCGUCGAGGCCGCCUUCGACGUGGUCACCGACAUUAGUGAGAGCAUUCGGUCUGCGGAAUGGCUUGGAGACGUGCUAAUCUACACCAAUGGGACCAACCGGUUGAACUACCUGGUCGGCGACCAAACCUACACGGUCGCGCACUUUGACAAGCCCAUGUACAUCCUCGGCUACCUGCAGCGCGACAGCCGGGUGUACCUCACCGACAAGGACCUGUCUGUCACGUCGUUUGCCCUCUCGCUUCCGGUCCUGGAGUACCAGACAUUGGUCCUCCGCGAGGAUAUGGACACGGCCGCCGAGCUCCUCCCUAGCAUCCCGCAGGACCAGCUCAACAAAAUCGCCCGGUUCCUCGAGGGCCAGGGCCACAAGGAGCUCGCGCUGGAGGUUGCCACCGACACGGAGCACAAAUUCGACCUCGCCCUGUCGCUGAACCAGCUGGAUGUCGCCCUGGAGCUGGCACGCCAAGCCGACGCGGACCACAAGUGGAAGACAUUGGGUGAUGCGGGCCUCGCUGCUUGGGACGUGCCGCUCGCGACUGAGUGCUUCGUCAACGCCAAGGACCUCGGCUCGCUCCUGCUGGUUUACACGUCUACGAACGACCGCGCCGGGCUCGCCAAGCUCGCGGAGCAGGCGUCGCAGGCGGGCGCGCACAACGUCGCCUUCAGCUGCAAGUGGUCCCUGGGCGACGUCCAGGGCUGCAUCGACGUGCUUGUCGGCACCGGCCGGCUCGCCGAGGCCGUCCUGUUCUCCCAGACCUACCAACCGAGCCUGACGGCCGGGCUUGUCACGCAGUGGAAGGAGGGCCUGGAGAAGAACAAGAAGGGGCGCGUCGCCAAGGCGCUGGGUAUGCCCGGCGAGGAUGAGGAGCUGUUCCCGGAGUGGGACGAGUGGCUCAGGCUGGAGAAGGGAGGCCCCGCCCCCGCUGCCGUUGCUAAGAAGGCUGAUGAUGAGGAAGAAGAGGAGGAAGAAUCGGAGGAGGAGGAAGAUGAUGACGAGGAGGAGGAGAGCAGCGAGGAGGAGGUUGAGUAGUGCCCCGGUUGCUGUAUGCUUCCGCGCAACAUGCAGAACGGAGGGUACGGGCGGGGGUUAGUUACUGGCGUCUAAGGAGGUUGUCAUGUUUGGGAGAGAGCAGCGACAAAAAGCUCUGUUCUGUUUAGCAGAAAUGAUUACUAUGUUGAGUAUGAUCAUGGCUUGUUUCAUUGGGAUCACAAGCCACCACCACCGCCAUAGGUGAGCUCGUCACAUCACACAUCAACAUUUGUUGCUUUUCGGUUUGC